CUGAGAUUUUGGAGUUGGCAGGAAACGCAGCACGGGACAACAAGAAAGGCCGAAUAACUCCGAGGCAUAUCAAGCUGGCUGUGGCCAAUGACGAGGAGCUGAACCAGCUUCUGCGAGGAGUGACCAUAUCAAACGGAGGGGUUCUACCUCGUAUCCACCCAGAGCUGCUCUCCAAGAAGAGGGGAGGCCGAGUGAAAGUGGACAGCCAGGCGUCUGUCACGGACAAGCAGGAGGAACGCUUGAAGAGCAAGAAGCCCACCAAAACCUUCAAAAAGGUUAAAGGCAAACGAGGGCGCAAGCCAAAGAGCACAGACAAUGACAAAGAGGCUGUAUCAAACUCCACAGUGGAAGACGGUCCCGGUGAUGGAUUCACCAUCCUGUCAGCAAAGAGUCUCUUUCUCGGACAGAAACUUUCAUUAACAGAAAGUGAAAUGAGUAAAAUUGGAACAAUCAAGGUGGAGGGAAUAAUUAACCCAACCAAUGCAGAGCUGGACCUCAAAGAUGGAGUGGGCAACGCCCUGGAAAAAGCUGGAGGUCGAGAGUUCCUGGAAGGAGUUAAGGAGCUGAGGAAAGCACAAGGGCCUUUGGAGGUAGCAUCAGUGGCAGUGAGCCAGGCCAGUGGCAUGGCAGCCCGCUUCAUCAUCCACUGUAACAUCCCACAGUGGGGCUCAGAGAAGUGUGAGGACCAGCUCGAGAAGACUGUGAAGAACUGCCUCUCAGCAGCAGAGGAGAAGAAGCUCAAGUCUGUGGCUUUCCCCUCGCUGCCUGCUGGACGGAACGGAUUCCCAAAGCAAACAGCCGCUCAGCUCAUCCUCAAGGCCAUCUCCAACCACUUUGUGUCCUGCACCAGCUCCUCUCUGAAAAACAUUUACUUUGUGCUGUUUGACAGCGAGAGCAUCGGAAUAUACCUUCAGGAAAUGGCCAAGCUGGAGGCCAAAUGAGGAUUGCCGGUUUGUGCGUGUGUGUGUGCGUGUGUUUGGGGGCUAUUUUUUAACUGUUGUUUGUCACUGUUGGUAUAGGUAGGUGGUCCCACAGUAGGGUUUUCCAUGUGGAAUGUGUUAAAGAAGAAAUCUAUCUGUGUGUGGAGUGCUGUUCACAUUUCUGUUCCACUGUUCCUUCAAAGAUCGUAUUCUUUCUAGAGUAGGUAAUUUAAGUGGGUAGAGUUUGCUCUCUUGGCUCCUCGUUUCACUGUUUUUAUAUCCAUGUACAAAUGUAACAGUUCUUUCGCAGCAUCGGUAUUUUCUGAUAUAUUUAGUUUACUAAUUCAAACCUGUGGUUGGCAUUCUGCUAUGAAAUAAAACCGUUUUACACCAGAGGUCUGCUCAGUGUCAGCACCUCUUCUUACCAUCUCCUCUCCUUUGUCACAAUAUUGUUUUAAAGUAGAACAAAGCACAGCUGGAGGCACGGUACACCUUGUGUAUAUAAGAGGCUUUUUUUGGAUUUUAGAAAUGCCAUUUGAUAGAAAACUUCAUCUGUGAUUCUACCGAAAUUCUGUUUCUAACUGAUCUGGGUUGCUUUGGCUUCAUUCUUGAAUGACCUUUAAAUUUUGUUACUAGUGCACACUGCAAAGACUCUGUGUUUGUUACAGUUACAACAAAUAUUGGUUGUAUAUGUCUUUGUCUCUGUAGUAUUUUUUUCCUCAGUUGAACAGUUUGACUCAAAAAUAAAUUAGCAUCAUUUCAUUUUGUUGUGCAGAGUAGUCCAUCCAACUGUCAAACCUGCUGUGGUCACAGUUGUAACCACCAGUACGAAUACUGGAAAAUGUACAGGGCUCAGCGCAAAUGACAACUGUGAGAAGCUGCUAAGAUGAAACAUGUUGUGGUGCCACAGCGAUCGAUCAGGGAUGAAGAUAAAAGGGACAAAAAAGUUAUUUUGCAUAUACAUAUACGUAUAUACACACUAGGGCUGCCACGAUUGGUCGACUAAUCACGAUUACGUCGACUAUCAAAAUCAUAGUCGAUGCGUCGUUUGAAGCUUUGUAAGAUCCUGAAAG